AUGGAUUUGGUCAAGUUUUUUCUGUUACUGGCAUUUGUCUCGGAAAACCUAGAGGUAUAUUCAGAAUUCAAUGUUUCUCCCACAAAGGUUUUUCCGCCUGAUAGUUUUGAAGAUAACCUAGUUAGCAGAGUAUGUGGAUUCAAAAAACUCGGAAUACAAGCACCAGAUGAGACUAAUGGCCUUGUCAGUUGCCUAUUCGUACUUGUACGCACAAAUUUGAAGGAACACGACGUGGCCUUCUCCUUGACUGACAUGAUAAAUAUUAACAACACAGAGAGCGGUGAUAAGUAUAUUGCUAAAGCAAUACCUGUUUCAAGCAUGAACGGUAAGCGAAUGAAUAUUACACUCGGUGAUGAAUCAAUGACAACAUGUGACGUAAUAAAUACCGGAAAAGCAGGGAUACAAAAUGAACAAAGUCGUGGAAAAGAAAUUUUAUUCACAGGAAGGAACAAAAAAUUAGAUAAAAAAACGUUCAGUGUCUCGAUAGUUUAUUCUACGCCCUCUGGUGACCAAAUACAUUUCAGUCAAAGCCCCUCUAUAACGUUGAAACAAGGUGAACAGGAAACUACUGCUAAGAGCGAUACCGAGAAAGGAGCGUUCGAGUUCAACAUCAUCAGUUUUGUGAUUGGUUUUCUCAUUCCUUUCGUCUUCUUGGUCGUCUCUGUCUGGAUCAUAUACAAAUUGAAGAAAGAAAUAAAGAAUUUGAAGGAAAAGGCAGAAGUAAAAGAACACAUUUACGAAACUAUAAAAAAAAAAGCAACUCUUUCCAACAAUCCAGCUUCACAACCAUCAUAUUCAAAUGUCUUGCAAGAAACUGCCGGAUGCGAACAACCACUUCCCGCAAAAACUAAGCAAACACAAGUGGAGCCAGCUUACGAACAACUAUCAUCAUCAAAUGUCUUGCAAGACACUGCCGGAUACGACCAACCACUUCCCGCAAAAACUAAGCAAACACAAGUGGAGCCAGCUUACGAACAACUAUCAUCAUCAAAUGUCCUGCAAGAAACUGCCGGUUACGAACAAGCUCUGCCUGCGACAACAAAGAAAACACAAGUGGAGUCAGCUUACGAACAACCAUCAUCAUCAAAUGUCCUGCAAGAAACUGCCGGUUACGAACAAGCUCUGCCUGCGACAACUAAGCAAACACAAGUGGAAACAGCUUACGAAUCUUACAACGCCUGA